UCUCCAACAGAACUAGAACAAUACGUCCUGGACUAUGAAUUCGAUUCAGCCAACGACUCCUAUUACUUCAACAUCACCUCCUAUGACCUGAACUUUAACACCUUCUCCUGUGCAGCUCAGCCCCUGUGUCCCAGUGCCGUCAUAUUCCUGUGUGUCCUUCACAUGGCCAUCUUCCUAUUGGCUGUUCCUGGUAACCUACUUGUGGGGCUCGUGAUUGGCUUCAGUCAGCAGUCCCUGACCCCAUCCGACGUCUUCCUGUUUCACCUGACUGUAGCCGACGGGCUGCUGGCUCUGACCCUGCCCUUCUGGGCUGCUGCCACGCUCCACGGCUGGAUCUUUGGUGACUUCCUGUGUAAGUUCCUCAGCCUGGUUAUGGAGGUUAGCUUCUACACCAGCAUCCUGUUCCUGGUGUGUAUCAGUGUCGACCGCUACCUGGUGAUCGUUCGCCCCGCCAAGUCCCGUAAGGGCCGCCGAAGGGCCUGCAGAUGGUACGCCUGCACCUUCAUCUGGGCUCUGGGGGGCGCCCUCUCUCUCCCUGCCCUCUUCAACYACGCCUUCACGCCCCGUGGCGGUGGUCCGACGAGGUGUGCUGAGCGCUUCGACCCCGGCAGCGCCACCCACUGGCGGCUCGCUACUCGCGGCCUACGCCACAUCCUAGGGUUCCUGCUCCCACUAGUCACCAUGGUGGCGUGCUAUAGCAUCACCGUGGCCCGGUUGCUGCAGACGCGCGGCUUCCAGAAGCACAGGGCCAUGCGGGUCAUCAUUGCCGUGGUGAUCGCCUUCCUCCUGUGCUGGACGCCGUUACACAUGACGGUGAUGGCCGACACCCUGAUGAGGGCCCAUCUGGUGCACUUCGACUGUGCUGGGAGGAACAGGGUGGACUUGGCCCUCCGGGUCACCCACAGCCUGGCCCUGGUCCACAGCUUUGUUAACCCAGUGCUGUAUGCCUUCGUGGGGGAGAAGUUCAGGGGGAACCUGGGUGCACUGGUCAGGAAGUCACGGGGACCAGAGAGGGGGUCGUCAUCUCGAUUCAGCAGGUCCACAUCCCAGACCUCAGAAGGGAAUGGACUGUUAUGAUUGAUCUGGCAGGUUGUCCCCACAUUACUUUCAAUCAGGGUUGUGGUCAAUCCCAUUUCAAUUCCACUCAAUUCAGGAAGUACUCUAAAACUCCAAUUCCAACGUUUUUCAAUGAGAACAUUUUUAAAAUCGAAAUUGGAGUUUGGUUCACUUUCUGAACUGACUGGAAUUGAAAUGGAWUUAACUCCAACCCUGCUUUUGUCACACCCUGGUCUUAGUACUCUUUGUUUUCUUUAUUAUUUUAGUUAGGUCAGGGUGUGACAUGGGGAAUGUAUGUGUUUUUGUAGU